AUGUUCCACGUGCAGCGUUUCACCGACGAGCAGCAAGAUGAUGAUCAUGGCGACGACUCUACCGGCAUCCUUAACAGGAUGCUCGCUAGAGCCAAGGCCCGCUCCUCCGCCAAGCGAGCACGUCUAGGGCCUGACAGCAAUGAUGUCGUACACCAGCAGACCGCUGCAGGCGUGAUCCCGCUGGCCGGGGGGUGUUCCAGCAAGGCAUCUGAGGUAGAGGACGAUGCCGCUAUUAGAUCUAUGCGGACUAGCGGCGGAGAGGGCUCGGCGAAUGGCAGCACCGUGGAUCAUCGAGCAACAGCAGAGGAUGCUAGCGGGGGCACCGAUGACAGCAGCUCUAGCGGGGAAGAGAGCAGCAGCAGCAGCAGCGAAAGUGGGAGUGAGAGCGGAGAGGAAGAUGGAGACAGCAGCGAACCGGGCGCCGAUGGGGAAGAAGCCGGUGAGGCCGCCGCGAUUGCAGGGGGGCGGGUGGACGGAGAACGCAGCGUUGACGCCGGGGGACAACAAGGGCCCAGGCCAAUGGAGGAGGUGGCCGAGGAGUGGGGGCUAGACCCUAGGCUAACGGAGAUACUGCGCCGCGAAGGCGUCAAGCACUUCUUCCCCAUCCAGGUACGCGUCGUGCCGGACAUCGUGGCCACGGAGCGACACUCGCACGUCCAGAGUCGGGACAUCUGCGUGUCCGCCCCUACUGGUAGCGGGAAGACUUUGGUGUUCGUUCUAGGGGUCUUGCAGGCGUUGAUACGAAGGCGGGUAGUACGGUUGCGCGCCUUGGUGCUGCUGCCGUCGCGAGACCUUGCGAUGCAGGUCCACUCCGUGUUCAAGAAGUACGCGCGAGGCACGGGUCUCCGGGUGGGAUUGGCCAUCGGCCAGACGAAUUUUCUGGAGGAGCAACUGGCCCUUGUGGGACCUGUGGCUCUGGCAGGCAACCCCACGGCAACAGCCCGAGCAAGCUUCCUACGGGCGCAAGGCCGAGCAAUCCGACCAAAUCCAACGAUGGGGGGGUCGAACCUGGAUUCUGGGGGAUGGUCAGGCACCGGCGCGCCCGCGGGGGGGUCGUCUGAGGUGGACAUCGUUGUGGCCACCCCCGGACGACUGCUGGACCACCUGACGCAGACGCCGGGGUUCACCCUACAGCACCUCCGGUACCUCAUUAUCGACGAGGCGGACCGAUUGCUCAACCAAAGCUACCAGGGCUGGGUCGGCAAAGUCAUUAAGGCCGCCUACCGGAAAGAGCCCGGAACCGCGGCUCCGGUCUAUGAGCGAUUCACUUUCAACGGCGGCGGAAAACGCAAUGAUGUGAGUGGGGGCGCGGGAGCUGAAGAUGACGACAGCAGGGGGCAGCAGCAGCCGCAGGAUGUGGAAAAGGCCCAGGAGUGCGAUAACAACGGCUCGAACAGUGUCUCCUCCCAGCAGCAACUGGGGGUGACGGGAGUCGGAAAGCGCCCUCGACCCCCCUCCCGCCGCCCGCCCUCGGCGUUCUCGCUUGACCCGGUUACGGUGAGAGGGAGGCCCUUGGCGACGGGGGAGCGAAUCCGCGGAGCCACCGUCUCAACGCCCCCCCUUCGAAAACUCCUGUUCUCCGCGACCCUCACCAACAACCCGCAAAAACUGGCGGGUCUGGACGUGGUGAACCCGCUGAUUUACACUGCAACGGAGUUCUCGACGGCCGCCGGGGGCCAGCGGAGGGAAACGAGUGGGGCCGACGGUGACCCACGACCUUCUCAGGAAACCCGGCGGUCUAACUUGGACGGGAUUGGCACGGCGGUGGAAGGGGGGGGGCGUUUCAGCACGCCUGCCACGCUGGAGGAAACCUAUACGGUUUGCGACUCGCAGGCGAAACCGCUGGUGCUGCUGUCCCUGCUGCGAGAGAUGGUGGGGCGACAGGCAGACCUCUCGGUUGUUUUCACGUCUUCCGUCGACUCGACACACCGCCUCUUCCGCCUCUUGCAGCUUUUCGGCGGGUUCGAGAGAACGGCGGGAACAGACGCCGAAGGCGGUGGCGGGGACGGUGACACCCACCUCCCCGACGACGCCAUACACGGCGACGGCAACGAUGACGGCGACGGGGGCGUGGCCGAGUUUUCGAGCAGCCUCGGGCAGAGGCAGCGGUCCAGCAUCAUCCGCCGCGCCCGCGCGGGCGCGGUGCGCGUGAUCGUGUGCUCAGACGGGAUGGCUCGCGGCAUGGACCUGGACGGCGUGGGGCUGGUGGUGAACUACGACGUGCCUUCUCAGGCAAAGACUUACGUGCACCGAGUGGGACGCACAGCGCGGGCGGGAUCUCGGGGCACUGCCGUCACCAUCACCAAGAAGGGACAGGUGAAGCAGUUCCUCAACAUGCGCUCGGGCAUCGAUAAGAAAAGGGUGCGAUUGGACUCGUCCCCCGCCGAUCAAUCCCGCCUCCUUCCCUUGGCCGGUCGGUACCAGCUCUGCCUGAAGGACCUCAAGGAGGUGAUGGAGGCGGAGAGGACUGGGGAGCUGGACCCUAGUGCUCCUGUUACGGCAACAGAGAGUAACGCGUAGAGUACUGCUGGUGCUGCUGCUGGCGUUGCUGGCUUGGGAGGCUUUGAACGGCAGGAGCAUGGAUGGACUUGAACCUCCCUCCGUUUUUUUCGACCCUCCUGCCUUUAGGCGGCGAGAAGGACCGGUGCAAUGCCUCAUAAUUCUGCUGCUGGUGAAUCUGGUGGUGGAUUCAUUUCUCGGUGUGGGCGCACAGACGUCAGUCCUCCUCGGCUUGUUGAUUCUCCUGCUGUGCUCCUAUGGAAAGGUUGCGGCAUGAAUUUCUGUUACUCCUGUCGCUGUAUGGGGCCUUUUUCGGGGGUGGUUGUGCCAGCGGACGCUCAUCCCAGCUCGGUAUUGAUUUCGUGUGAAGUCACUCAGUGCACGUGUACCGAGAAACUGGGGAGCUGCCGUAUCGAGUUGGUGUUGCUCAUGUUAUUCUGAAGCUUUAGCUUCAGUCUCAUCUUUCAAUAUUUCUGAAGCUUUUGUAGCUUCAGUCUCAUCUUUC